CUAUUUUGUUGUUGUGUUCUUCUUCCUAUAGAUCUUCUUUCUCUUACAAGUAGUAACAAAGCAGCUCUGUGGCAUGUUUUUAUUCACUUCUUUUCACUUUCAUUUUGCUUUUUUUCUCAUUUUUUUUCUUUUCUUUUCUUCCAAUUCUCAUCAAAACAGUCACAAUUCAUAAUCUUUUUUAUUCCCACUUUCAAUCCAACUGUUGGGUAUCUUCUCUUUUUCAUUUCCUCCCAAAAAAACAAACUUUUCACUUCAAAGUUGUGAAAUUUAUUGAUCAAAUUCUUGAAUUGUUUUUUUUUAUGUGUGCAUAUAUAAUGAUUUAAGUAGCAAUUAAGAUCUACUUUUUGUUAUUAGCUUCUUGAUUUUUCCUUGGGUUUUGGAAAGUUUUUACCUUUCUUUUUCUCCCCAAGAUUCUUUAAAUUUUUUUCAAAAAGUUACUAACUCAAAUGCUUCUUCUUUAUUAGUGAUCAAAAUUCUUUGCUUCUUCCAUUUCAAUUCUCUCUCUCUCUCUUUGAAUUCAAUGAGAGAGGUGGAGGAAAAAGAAUAAAAUAAAACCCCAUAAAUUGUACAGUGUAAUUUAUUAUUGUAAAAUUAUGAACAGAGGAGUUGAAAUCCUGUCACCAGCUUCAUAUCUUGAGAAUUCAAGCUGGUUAUUCCAAGAAAACAGUGAGACAAAAUGGAGCCCAGAAGAGAACAAGAGAUUUGAGAAUGCUUUAGCUUUGUUUGAUAAAGAUGAGCCUGAGAGAUGGCAGAAAGUUGCAGCCUUGAUCCCUGGGAAAACUGUAGGAGAUGUAAUCAAACAGUACAGAGAAUUGGAGGAAGAUGUUAGUGAUAUUGAAGCUGGUUUGAUUCCAAUUCCUGGCUAUUGUAGUAGUGGUAAUGAUUCUUUUACUUUGGAGUGGGUUAGUGGUGGUAUGCAGGGUUAUGAUGAGGGUUUCAAGCAUUAUUAUACUCCCGGUGGGAAACGAACGACGGCGUCGCGUCCUUCCGAUCAGGAGAGGAAGAAGGGAGUUCCUUGGACUGAGGAGGAGCACAGGCAGUUUCUGAUGGGGCUUCAGAAAUACGGCAAAGGGGAUUGGAGAAACAUUUCUCGCAAUUUUGUGACGACAAGAACACCAACACAGGUAGCUAGCCAUGCUCAAAAGUACUUCAUCAGACAAACUACAGGAGGCAAAGAUAAGAGAAGAUCAAGCAUUCAUGAUAUCACAACCAUCAAUCUUCCAGAUACCAAGUCGAUUUCAUCAGAAAUUAAGAAACCAUCAUCGCCUGAUCAUUCUACAACGACUGUGCAAUCGUCACAUUCGCAGCCGAAAAUGGGCAGAGGAUUAUUAGACUGGAAGCCACAAAGUGAAGGAGCAGAUUCUGUUUUUAACCAAGUAAAUAGCAACUUAUUGAUGCCACCUUUUUGUGGGAUAUCAUCAUAUGGAACAAAAUUACAGGACCAAAAUCUGCUCAGAGGAACUCUUCCAGGUUACCAAUUUGGACCUUACAAUUUGAUUUUUCAGAUGCAACCGAUGCAGCGUCAGUAACGGAAGCUUGAUCGGCUAUUUAGAGCUCUAGAGGUACUUUGUCUGCCAUAUCAUGGAAGCAUGAAUCUAUGUGAAUAUAUUAAUUUAUCAGGACUUCUGUUAGUCCAAGCUAUUAGACUUUUACGAGAUGAUCGGUUAGUUUCAUGUGAUUCCAUAUUCAUAUCUGAAUCAUUGAACCUAAAAAAAGGAAGGUUACUUAUUUA